AUGCUCGUCGUCCUCGCUACUGCUCUAUUGGCCCUGAGCGGCAGCUUCGUGAGUGCCCACGGUUCUCACCCCGACCAGCCGCCCUCGUCGGAUUGGGCCACCCGGCAUAUGCAAGAGGAGCAUCACAUUGAUGCCUUCGACGCUGCUUCCUUCUUCUCCCUUCACGACUAUGAUGAAUCUGGGGCAUGGACUCCCGAGGAAGUGCGCAAGACAUAUGGCAUGGACGAUGAGACGAAUGCAGGAGCCACGGAGGAUCGCAAGAGUCAGGCCUUAAGAGAAGUGUUCACUCUCUUCGACCCCACCAAUACUGGCUUCAUCACCCGUGACAACUGGAUGCGCAUCAUCGCCGAGGGCACUCGGCUACCCGAUCUGGGGUUCGGUCCAGGCCACCACGGCGACAUUGAGUAUGAGUACGAGAUCCACCACUUCGAGAAAUACCAUGGCGAAGAUGCGACAGAGGAGGAGCUCAACCAUCCCGAAGAUAUCGAGCACUUCCGGCGGCACGACGAGGAAGAUCUUGCGAUGGAGCGCCUCGAGCAGCUCGAGAGCAUGCAGAUCGUCGAGGCCAACAUACCGCAGAAGUUCCUCAAGCAAGCUUAG